UUUUUUACGCCUGAAACUUCAGGCGAAACAACUGAAUGUUCGAUCGAUGCGUUCUGACGAUGUCUUUUGCCUGAACAGUUCAGGAUUAGUUUAGAUCAACAGUUACAGUUAAUAUAAAUUAUUCCUGAACUUUAGACAAACUGCACGAACCUGUAAAAACCGGAACUUUUAAUCUUAACUAUUUGCUUUUUAAAAGAAUGUGCUCGGUAAUGUUAAAAAAUUUAAACACUCAUGAGUUGAUUAAUCAUUUGAUUUCAAAAGGAAUUUCUGUGGAAACAACUGCUAAAUUGUCAAGUGAAGAUAUUGACGGAGAUGCAUUUUUGCAAAUGAACUCUGUUUUGUUUCAUUGUAUUGGAAUAAAAAUGGGUCAAGCUAUAAAGCUUCAGUCUAUCAUUGCAGCAGAAAAGGUGAAUUUAAUAUUAUAAUGUACUUUUUUUUUAGGAUGUCAAUGUGUUGUUACCUUUGCCCCAAAGAUUUUUCAACUGUUGCUUUUUACAUAAAUCACUUGAGGAACUUUCAUCUUUUGUUUGAGCCUUGUCAACUUCGUUGUAAUGUUGAUGGUUGUAUAAGAUUGUUUACUACAUACAAUAUGCUUAGAAAACAUAUAAAUAAAGAUCAUGCCAGUUUUGUAGUUAAUAUUGCUCGAACAUUUAGCAUAAGUUGUGAAAAUCCAGUAACACCUACUUCUGAAGCUAAAAGUGAAAUUAAAAUAGACAAAGAAUGUGAGAUAAAAAUUAAUGACGUUGCCUCACCUAUUGUUGAUGAGUAUGGUAUAUCACAAGCAGCAUUAAAGUUUAUUAUGGCUUUAAUGUCUUCGAGUUCUAUUCCUCUAAGUACUUCAGAGUUUGUUAAGAGUUGUUCACAAAACCUAAUUGAAGACAUACUUAGUUAUUUACUAUGUAAAACAAUUGCUAUACUGAAAACAUAUAGGUGUGAGAAACAUGUAAUUGACAAUUUAACAGAAGAGUUUAACAGAUGGAAAACACCUUUUAGUAGAAUUGAUUCACAACAUCGAAUAUUAUCAUAUUUGAAAAAUAAAGGCCUAUAUAUUGAACCAGUACCACAUUCAAUGGGUGAACGAUGGGAUACAAAACGUGACAGAAAGACUAAAAGGCAAAUGCAAGUCAAAGUAAAAGAUUUGUUUUAUUACAUACCUAUUGAAAGCACAAUAAAGCUUGUGUUGCGACAGCCAGAAGCCGUGAAAAUGUUAAAAGUGGAGCAAAUAUCUAAUUUAGAAUUUGUUGAAGAUUGGUUUUGUAGUGAAAAUGGAAAAAAAUUAAUGGCAUAUGCCAAAUUUAAAUUUCCGAAAAGUUUCCCUUUGUUUAUUCAAAUUUACUUCGAUGAAGUAGAGACCACAAAUCCUCUUGGAUCAAAAACAGGCAUUCAUAAACUUGGUGCCUUUUAUUUUGUGAUAAAGAACUUUCCUCAUGCGGCAAACUCAGCCUUGAACAACAUUCAUAUGUUAGCAUUAACUCACGCAAUAGACAUAAAGAAAUAUUCAGCAGAACCAGUGAUAAAAGUGAUUGUAAAUGAAUUGCAAAAACUUCAUGACGAAGGAUUUGAUAUUUUUAUUGAAGGCAAAAAAACUAACUUUAGAUGUUUACUAACCCAAAUUGUUGGAGACAAUUUAGGUCUGCACUCUAUAUUAGGAUAUAUGGAAAAUUUUAGUACUGUUUCUUUUCCAUGUGACAUGUGCAUGAUAUCACAAGUUGACAUACAGCAUGUUUUUCAAAGAAGAAAAACAAGCUCUCAGAACAGACAUUUUAUACAACUCUCAAGUUCAUCAGAUGCAAAGAGGCAAAAUUUCUAAUAAGAACUGUGGAAUUAAGCGGUUUACUUGUUUAACUGAAUUGCCAUAUUAUCAUCCUGCUUCGAAUGAUUCUGCAGACAUAAUGCAUGAUAUUUUUGAAGGAGUUAUUCCGUGCGAAGUUAAAUUGUUUCUUUACCAUGUGUUGUAUGAUGUCAAAUGUAUCUCCAUUACAGAACUGAAUAGGCGAAUCAAGUUUAUGGAUUAUGGUAUUGUCUGCAGCUCAAAACCUAGUACUAUUAAUGAGUCGCGUAUGAAAAGUACUGACUCUUUACUAGGUCAACGCUCUGCUCAGAUGCUUACACUGUUUAUGUAUUUGCCACUUAUUUUGUCUGAUGUUAUUGAUAAAGUAGAUACACAAAAGUGGAAACUUUACCAAAUCUUAAAGCAAUUGUGUGAUAUAGUCUUAUCUCCAAAUUUAAAUUGUUUACAAGUCACGUAUAUUGAGGAAUUAGUAAUGGAACAUCAUUCAUUGAUGAAAGAAUGUUAUCCUGAGAAAAAACUUCUUUAUAAGCAUCACCGAAUGAUUCAUUAUGGAACUAUUAUAAAACGAAGUGGGCCUCUUCUUCACAUGAUUGUUAUAAGGUAUGAAGCCAAGCAUAAUUUUUCAAAAAGAUUAGCUCAUAUUGUUUGCAAUUUUCAGAACAUUUCUUAUUCAGUUGCAAAAAGACAUCAAAUUGCUCAUGCUUUAGCGUGGAUGACUCAUGGUCACCUAAAAAUCAUUACUGAUGUAAAAAAUAGUGCAAUGUUUUUAGUUUCAGAAUUAAAGAACAAAAGUCUUUUAUUCCCUUUAUUGGUGAAGAAAGUGAGGUUUUAGCUGUUGAUUGUGUUACCGUUUUGGGUCAGAAAUUCAGAUCAAGUGAAACAAUUCUUUAUGAUUUUAAUAGUGAUGGUGAACCAAGUUUUGCUCACAUUGACCAGAUUUUUGUUCAUUGCGAAGUUGUGUAUUUUUUCACAACAAAGUGGAUUGUCCACAAAUACUGCAAUCUAUCUUUAUCUUACUGUUGUUUACUAGAUAACCAAAAACUAUGUAUAAGAAAAUGUGAUAUAAUAGAUUACAAACCUCUUAAUGCAGUGCGUUGUUUGAAAAUAAAUUGCCCAUUCAUGCACAUUAUCUUGAAUCAUCAACUAUGUCAAGAUAACUUUCUAUACCUACCCCACGAAAUAUCUGGCGAUAUUGUAAAUAUUUAUUAUAUGUAACUCAAUAUUUUAUUAUAAAUUCGGUUGUAA